AUGAAAACUCUCUCAAUCUUUCUAUUUGUUCUUAGCAUCUGCAUGAUUAGCCAUGUAUAUGGACAAUCAGUAGGUGCCGGAUUCAAUAUCUCGAACGAACUUCAAAAUAAGAAAAAACUUUGGUUUAGCUGUUACUCUGGAGACGACAGGAUAACUCCAGGAACACUAGAACCCGGAGCAAGUUGGGGCAGAAAUUUUAAGACUAACAUUUGGGGGAAUACACGGUUCAUGUGUACGUUGAAACAAGGGCCUAACUAUAGACAUCAUCAGAGCUUUACAGCAUAAACAUUUAAACAGGAAAGUUUUAAAGAUGUUGGAAGCAGGUGGGAUUGGAGAGCCAGAGAAAAUGGCAUUUAUUUGAAAGUGUGGGGCGGUAAAGAUUCAAGAAGCAAGGUCAAUAUGCAUAAAAAGUAUGAUUGGAUAUAUUAG